GAAAAGUGUUGAUUUCGAAAUUGAAGACAUUACAUUGAAGAGCAAACUCAACUGCUCUGUAACUAUCAAAAGGAAAACAUAACAAAAGACACAAAUAGAAAAAAGUGUUUUGCGCAGACUUUAAACAGAGCUCCAAUGCUUUAAAAACUAAAAAACAUAAAGCCACACAGCCCAAAAUAUAAGUUGUGAACUUUAAGCUAUAAACGAAGUGAAUUUCGUGUUUUCAAUCAAUCAAAGCAAACACGGUGUGGGGUUUUCUGUACCGCUGUGCCGCGGCCGCCCCCGUUGCCAACAUGGGCGCCAAUGUGUCUCAGCUGGAGCGCGAGAUCGGCUCGGAUCUGUUUCCGCCCAACGAGCAUUACUUCGGCCUGGUCAACUUUGGCAACACCUGCUACAGCAACUCGGUGCUGCAGGCGCUUUACUUCUGCAAACCCUUUCGGGAGAAAGUGCUCGAGUAUAAGGCGAAGAAUAAGCGUUCGAAGGAGACGCUGCUCAGCUGUCUGGCCGAUUUGUUCUAUAGCAUUGCAACGCAAAAGAAAAAAGUUGGCAGCAUAGCGCCCAAGAAAUUUAUAACACGACUGCGCAAGGAAAAGGAAGAAUUCGACAAUUAUAUGCAGCAGGAUGCGCAUGAGUUUCUCAACUUUCUGAUUAAUCAUAUCAAUGAGAUUAUAUUGGCGGAGCGCAAUAGCAACAGCAAAGCGCUAACAGCAGCAACAAGCACAACGACAACAGCAGCAGCAGCAGCAGCAACAACUGCCAGCAAUAAUAAUGCUGCAACUAAAUCAAAUUCAUCGAAUUCAACAUCUACAUCCAUUUCAAAUUCAACUGCUACCAAUGGCAACUCAAGCAUUAGCACAGGCUCGCUAAGUGGCGCUGCGACAAGCGUCAUUGAAGGCAAUGGCGGCGUCACUGCCACCACCACGCCCAUUACACAAGCAGCCAAUGGCGCCAACACCGAACCCACUUGGGUGCAUGAAAUUUUCCAGGGCAUACUCACUUCAGAGACGCGUUGCUUGAACUGCGAAACGGUCAGCAGCAAGGAUGAGAACUUUUUCGAUCUACAAGUGGACGUGGAUCAGAAUACAUCGAUUACGCAUUGUCUGCGCUGCUUUAGCAACACUGAGACGCUUUGCUCGGACAACAAAUUCAAGUGCGACAACUGCUGCAGCUAUCAGGAGGCGCAGAAGCGCAUGCGCGUUAAAAAGCUGCCCAUGAUCUUGGCGCUGCAUCUGAAGCGCUUCAAGUAUAUGGAGCAGUUCAAUCGGCAUAUUAAAGUCUCGCAUCGUGUGGUGUUUCCGCUUGAGCUGCGUCUGUUCAACACCUCAGAUGAUGCAGUUAAUCCGGACAGACUCUAUGAUCUAACAGCUGUUGUCAUACACUGCGGCUCGGGUCCCAAUCGUGGCCACUACAUAAGCAUUGUCAAAAGUCAUGGCCUUUGGCUGCUGUUCGAUGAUGAUAUGGUCGAUAAAAUCGAAGCCUCCACCAUUGAGGAUUUCUAUGGACUCACUUCGGAUAUACACAAGUCCUCCGAAACGGGCUAUAUACUUUUUUAUCAAUCUCGUGACUGUGCCGCUUAAAAAGAUGCAAUGCAAAUUGCAGUUUAAUUUUUUUUCAAUUAAGUUGAACGUGUUGCGUUUUAGUUAAACGGCUUAAAAAUUUUCCUAACUUUUUAUUUUAAGCAGAAUUACAUUAUUCUAAUGAGCAGAAACCUAUUUUAAG